AUGUCUGUUCAGAAUCACAGCACGGUGACUGAAUUCAUCCUCAUUGGCUUCUCCCACUUCCCCCAGCAACUCCUCCCUGUUCUUUUCCUGCUGUUCCUGCUGAUGUACCUCUUCACGCUGCUGGGGAACCUGCUCAUCAUGGCCACCAUCUGGAGCGAGCGCAGCCUCCACACGCCCAUGUACCUCUUCCUGUGUGCCCUCUCCAUCUCCGAGAUCCUCUACACCUUCGCCAUCAUCCCUCGCAUGCUGGUCGACCUGCUGUCCACCCAUUCUGUCAUUGCCCUCAUGGCCUGUGCCAGUCAAAUGUUCUUCUCCUUCACAUUUGGCUUCACCCACUCCUUCCUGCUCACCGUCAUGGGCUAUGACCGCUACGUGGCCAUCUGCCACCCGCUGCGCUACAACGUCCUCAUGAGUGCCCAGGGCUGUGCCUACCUGGUGACCUGGUCCUGGAUUGGGGGCGCCAUCAUGGGGAUGGUGGUGACCACGGCCAUUUUCAACCUCACCUUCUGUGGACCCAAUGAGGUCCAGCAUUUCUUCUGCCAUGUGCCGCCCCUUGUGAAGUUGGCCUGUGGGGACAAUGUCUUCAUUGUGGCCAAGGGCGUGGGCCUGGUGUGCAUCACAGCCCUGCUGGCCUGCCUGCUGCUGCUUCUAAUUACGAUGGCACAGAUCUGCACAAUACUGAAAUUUAGCUUUGCACUUGACUACUAA